GGUAUUGAAUUAGGAAUCUGGAACUCAUAAUUGAAGAUGGUAUGAAAAGCUACCCUUGUUAGUUUAAGUACAGGAAAUUGCCCCACCGACACCAGCCUUUAGCAACCAUCAACAUUGAGGCAAACCCUCCACCAGCAAAAAGAUUACAAUUCACUGAAAAUUCAUAUGGUAUUUAACAUUUUUUAGCAUUAAAGUAUGUUUAAUUAAGAAACCCUAAUGAUGAAAAAUAUAGAUCUAUCCGGAUUGGAAACACAGCUUUUUCUACUAGACUCUUACCUGUUAGAGGAGCCGUUGAGUGUUUAUUUGAAAUGGGCUUUGAAGAGGGAGAAACACAUCUUAUCUUUCCCAAAAAAGCUUCAGUGGAACAGCUGCAAAAAAUUCGUGACCUGAUUGCCAUAGAGAGAAGUAGCAGAUUGGAUGGAUCAAAUAAGAGUUACAAAGUUGAAUUAUCUCAGCAACCUGCAUCCAGUACCCACCUUCCUGUAACACAGCCUUCAAAUCCUAGUGGGUUAACCCAGCAUGCAGGGAACAGUGAAGGACAGUCAUCAAAUCCACCAACUGCUCCAACGGUUACUACUGAUUCAGUCAUUCUAAAAGUUCUGCGGUCCAACAUUCAGCAUGUGCUGGUCUAUGAGAACCUUGCUCUCCAGGAGAAAGCACUGGCUUGUAUUCCAGUCCAAGAAUUAAAAAGGAGAUCUCAAGAAAAGUUAUCUAGAGCUAGAAAAUUGGAUAAAGGUACUAAUGUAAGUGAUGAGGAUUUUCUUCUGCUGGAGCUUUUACACUGGUUUAAGGAAGAAUUUUUUCAAUGGGUCAAUGACAUUUUGUGCAGCAAAUGUGGAGGCCAGACUAAGUCUAGAGGUGAAUCACUAUUCCCCAAUGAUGAUGAGAUGAAGUGGGGUGCAAACAGAGUAGAAGAUCAUUACUGCAAUGCAUGCCAGUUCAGCAAUCGAUUCCCAAGAUAUAAUAACCCUGAGAAACUUUUGGAAACAAGAUGUGGACGGUGUGGCGAGUGGGCCAAUUGUUUUACACUGUGCUGCCGAGCCUUAGGGUUUGAAGCUCGCUAUGUUUGGGAUUACACAGACCAUGUCUGGACAGAAGUCUAUUCUCCUUCUCAGCAGCGGUGGCUACACUGUGACGCCUGUGAAGAUGUCUGUGAUAAGCCACUCCUUUAUGAAAUUGGGUGGGGCAAGAAGCUUUCCUAUGUCAUUGCAUUUUCUAAGGAUGAGGUGGUUGAUGUCACUUGGCGAUAUUCUUGUAAACAUGAUGAGGUAAUCUCCAGAAGAACUGAGGUUAAAGAAGAAUUACUUCGAGAAACUAUUAAUGGACUUAAUAAACAGAGGCAAAUAUCUCUGUCAGAAAACAGAAGAAAAGAACUUCUCCAGAGGAUUAUUGUGGAGCUUGUUGAAUUUAUAUCUCCCAAAACCCCUAAACCUGGAGAACUUGGUGGAAGAAUAUCUGGGUCAGUGGCUUGGAGAGUAGCCCGCGGUGAAAUGGGUCUAGAGAGAAAAGAAACCCUCUUCAUUCCCUCUGAAAAUGAGAAGAUUUCGAAACAAUUCCACCUUUGUUAUAGUAUUGUGAAAGAUUGUUAUGUCCGAGUUUCAAAUAAUAAUCAAACCAUUUCCGGAUGGGAGAAUGGUGUGUGGAAAAUGGAAUCCAUAUUCAGAAAAGUUGAAACAGACUGGAACAUGGUGUAUUUAGCCCGAAGGGAAGGAUCAUCUUAUGCUUAUAUUUCCUGGAAGUUGGAGUGUGGGUCAGUUGGCCUAAAAGUAGAUAGCGUUUCCAUUAAAACAAGUAGUCAAACCUUUCAGACUGGAACAAUACAGUGGAAAUUGCGAUCUGAAGCAGUUCAAGUAGAACUGUCAGGCGACAAAACUCUUCGCUCCUAUCAUGAUUUUUCUGGUGCCACUGAAGUUAUUUUGGAAGCAGAAUUAAGCAGAGGAGAUGGUGUUGUUGCUUGGCAACAUACCCAGCUGUUUAGACAAAGCUUAAAUGACCAUGAAGAAAAUUGUUUGGAGAUAAUUAUAAAAUUCAGUGACCUUUGAGAACCUGAACAUUAUAGAAAAGCUGGCAAUAAUCAAGGACUUACCAUGUUCUAAAGUAGUCUGUUGGUUCAGUGCAUGCUUAGUUGGCAAUUUACUACCCUCUGCUAGCAUAUUUCUUUUGCUGGCUAUCCAUCAUGUACCCCUCAUGAAAAUAUAUCUUUAUACUAUGGACCAUAAUGAAACCUUGAAUCAAAAGCUCCCUUCCAUAUGUGACUGUAAUUUGAAGUAAAGUCUUACUGCCUCAAUAUGAGAUUUUAAUUUAAAACUGUAAGUAUAAUUUUAAAAGUAAAAUGAAGGUAUUCAUGAUGAAAUGCUAUUCAUGAUUAUGAUAUAAUCUUAAGCUAAUAAUAGUAAUAUGAUGUUUUUUGAUCAGUCAUUAAUUUCUUCAUAAGUAAUUAGAUUUCCCAAGAUUUUUAAUUUUUAAUAAAUGUGAAAGUAUAGUAUCUCAUGAGUUAUAAUGCAUGAACAUUUUUAUGAUUGUAAAUACAUAGGUAUUUAAGAAAUAAAAUGAAUUAUUUUGCCUUAGAUCAUUUUAGUGUUUACUUUGGCUAAAUAAGAGUCUUUAUUAAAGGUAUGCUAAAUAUUGAAAACUGAAUAGACGAAUGUUAGGAAAACAUUUAACAUUGUGUAUAUUCAGAAAUACAUUAUAAAUCCAUGUGUGGACAUUUCAGAAUAUGCUUUACUUUUGAGUUUACUUUUGAGUAUUUCUAUCUACCUCAUUGAAUAAAGAUCUGUUCCUGUCUUUGAAA